AAAAUCAUCAAGAUUAAUUACCACGAUUUAAACUUAUUUUACAAUCUAAUCUAAAAAUCAGCUCAUCCAAAAGUGAUUAAACAAAGCAAUCGAAUACCACCAUGGAUUAUCAAGAUUUUUACACAACCAUCCGCCGGAAGAUGAUGCAAGGUAAUCUAUCUAUCAACUCAAGAUUUCCCGGACCAUUAGAAUUUUACCCCUCAAUUUUGCAAGUAUCAAUAAUCCACCAAGACGACCAAUUAACCAACUACUUGCUGGAGCACAACGCUGACGUAAACCUUACAAUUAAGUGGCGUGAAACAGACGCGAUUGACAUCAGCGAGAAAGCAUACAUCAGGAAUAAGUACGGUAAGUCUCCUCUUGAUUCCGCAAUUAAAAUCAGAAAUCAUAAGUUGGUUAAUAAAUUGAUAACUUUCGGCGCGUACAUUCCUCAGCAAGAUAAGUGUCAUAACAUACUUAACGCUGUAACCGAAGAAGGUAACUAUGAAAUGGCUGAAAGUCUGAUAAAUCUUGGCUUUAACAUCAAUUAUAAAAGCAUAGUUACUGGAGAGACACCCUUGCACACAUCUGUGAGAUUAAACCGCAGAGAUUUAGUAGAACUUAUGAUCCAAAAGCGCGCUGAUAUAAAUGCUAAGACAAUUUCUUCCGUAAUUUUUGAUGACAUUGGUUCAAAUGAAACUGAAGGUCUAACUCCGUUGCAUCUUGCUAUCAUUGAUAAAAAUCAAGAUAUGGUACGAAUUCUUUUGAAGAAUGGUGCUGAGUUUGAUGAACUAGCGAUUAGUUUAGCGAAAAGUAAUAAAUUUUUCGAGCUUAUUAAAAUUGUAGCUUCUAUAAAUGAUGAAAAAACUGAUUUGUCUAAAAAUGGUGCGGAAUUUAUAUGGGCAGUAGAUAAAGGUGAAUAUUUAGUCGCUGAAAUAUUGAUAAAUAAAAAAAAUUCAUGGUCUUUAUCGCUCAGUCCUGUUUUUAUUAAAAAAUAUUUUAAAUUUGUAGAAUAUUUAAUUGAAAAGGGCGCUAAUGUAAAUGAAAUCCAACAUUUAUACACAACACCUCUGCACUUAGCAAUUAGUCAAAAAUACAAUGAAGCCGCUAAAUUUUUAAUAGACAACGGAGCUACUUUGUAUCAUACAAAUGAUCAUAUUGAUACUUUGCGCUUGGCGAUUGACAUGAAUAAUCAUGAAAUAAUAGAAUAUAUAAUAGGAAAUGAAAGAGAUAAUUUUAUCUUCCGAGCGUCUUUGCAGUGGGCUAUGGAAAGAAAUAAUAUAGAAGUUUCUAAAUUUCUAAUAAGCAAAUGUCCUAAUGUGAACUUUGUUUUUGGUAGAGAAACACCGUUACAUCGAGCGGUAAUGAAUGAUACCUUAGAAUUAGUUAAAUAUUUAGUAAAAAAAGGCGCUAAAGUAAACAAAAUAAUCGACGGAGAAACUCCAUUAAUUAUAAGCAUUCAUUUAACCAGAAAUGAAAUCGCUAAGUAUUUAAUUGACCACGGAGCUGAUGUAGAUUUUAAUUAUAAUGGAAUAACGCCUUUGCUUUUUGCAAUAGGAAAGAAUAAUAUCGAUGUUGCGAAAUAUCUUAUCCAGCAUGGUUCCGAUCUUAGCGCUCUUGUUAAUAUAACUCAAUAUUUUGGAAUUGAAAGAUUUUUCGGAUGGUCUUCAAGUGACGUUUCUUCUUACAAUUUUUGCAACGGAAGAUCAGCGCUAACUUUAUCAAUUGAUCUGGGAAGAAAUGAAAUAGUUAAAUUUUUGAUAAAUAAAGUAAAUUUAAAAUCUCCGGAAAAUAAAGCUGCGCUUUAUUUAGCUAUCAAAAAUGGAGAAACAGAAAUUGCUGAACUUUUGAUUAAUAAAGAAGCUGAUAUUAAUUAUAUUUACCAAGAUCCAAAAGGAUCUUCAAUUGGAAUUCCUCCUUUGAUUCUUGCUAUUUGCAAGCGUAACAAUUUAAUUGUUAAAUGUUUAUUAGAAAAAGGCGUUAAUAUAAAUGCGAUUUGUAAAGAUGAAGAGCUGCUAAUUUUGGCUACUCUUUAUGAAAACGAAGAAUUAGUCGAAUAUUACAUCAAUAAAAGCUUCAAUGUUAACAUUAUUGUUAGUCUUCAAGACACAUAUCUUCGCGGCAUUGACUAUAGCUCCAGAGAAGUCAAAGGCAGCGACAUCUAUGCCAUUUUGAAUCGCGCUACAGCUCUUGACGCUGCUAUACACACCGGAAAUGCCAAAAUAUUUGAUUUAUUGAUUAAUGGCGGAGCUGUAAUCGCUAAAAAUGUUCAUCAUAAAAAUCCCUUGCGCUUUGCGGUGAAGAAUAACUACCGCCAUAUUGUUGAGUAUCUUAUUCAAAAUGGCGCUGAUAUUAACAGGAUUGAAGACGAUAAAUCAUUGCUGAUGGAAGCUGUUUAUUGUGAGCACUCUGAAGCCGUUGAAUUGCUGCUUAAAAAUAAAGCUGAUGUAAAUCUUAAAACUAAAUUGAAGAUUACUGCUCUUGAUGUGGCUAUUAGUCAAAAAAAUUAUUUAAUAAUGGAGAUAUUAGUAGAAUUUGGCGCUGUUAGUUUAAGAUAUAAUUUUAUGGAUAAACCGAUAUUGUAUCUGGCUAUUGAAGAUCGGAGUUACCAUCAUGCUAUUGCAUUAAUUAAACGGGGUGCUGAUGUUAAUGUUGUUUACAAAAAUAAAACAUUGCUACAUGUUGCUCUUGUUAAGGGAAACUCUGAUGUUAUUAAUUAUCUUCUUGUCGCUGGUUUUGACGUUAAUUAUCUAGAUAAAGAUGAUAGUAGCGCGGUUAAUUAUCAGUGCCCCGUUUAUCAAUACUAUGAAGAUGAUUAUAAUUUUGGUGAAGAAAUAAAUUAUAAUGAAAUUGUUAAGGAGCAUAUUGUCAAGUUGAUAAUUGCUGAUUUUUAUGUCUGCAAACAAAAUAAAUUGGCUGUUGGUUGUGAUUUUGAACAGUUAAGUGUUGAAUGUACCAAAGAAGUUGAAUUGAUGAAGAAAACAUUUGUGGUUCCGAGAGUUAAGAUUUCUUACUAUGAUUUGUUACAUAAACUUGAUUUUAAAUUGGCUGAAAGGUUUAGGUUUGUUUAUAGAAGCGAUGAGAAGAAAAUUAGUUCUGUUGUUGAUAAUAUUCGUUUUUUGUUUGUUCACUACCGAGGAAUUGUUUAUUUUCGGGCUAAAAAAAUAUUUACUAUGGCAAGAUCACUAGUUCAAGUUGAAGAUUUGAUUAUGGAUAUUUUUGGAGGGGUGUUGGAAGAAGAUAUGGUACCUGAGAUUACUAAAUACCUCAGUAUGGAGGAUGUUAAUAUUAUUUGUCGAUAAUUGUAAUUUUUGUUAUUUGUUUUUGUUUAU